CUUUCCGCCAUCUUCCAUCUCGCCCUCACGCUGCGACUGAGCCGAGGCUCCUAGGCAAUGUCCCAUCACGACAACGAGAAGGCGUUUCACCUCGCGCCUGGGACGGCGCGCACGGGCUCGAGCACCGGCAGCUACGAUGACAGCGCGCACCACCCCGAACUCCAAAUGCUGCAGCGCCCGUCGGGCCUCAAGGGCUUCUACUACAGCCCUACGACGCAGGUCGUCAUGCUUGGCUUUGUCUGCUUCAUGUGCCCCGGGCUCUUCAACUCUUUGAACGGCCUCGGUGGCGGCGGCCAGCUCAAGGAGACGACGAACGCGAACGCGAACACGGCACUCUAUUCGUCGUUCGCCUUCUUUGCGUUCUUUGCGGGAUCUAUCAACAACGUCCUGGGCUCCAAGAUAACGCUCCUCCUAGGAAGUAUUGGCUAUGCGCUCUACAUUGGUUCCUAUCUGGCGGUCAAUAUCCACCCGAACGCAGACGGGUUCGUUAUCGGCGCAGGGGCCGCCCUGGGCAUUACUGCCGGUCUGCUCUGGACUGCGCAGGGCUCGCUCAUGCUCGCGUACCCGACCGAGACCCAGAAAGGCAAAUUCAUCGCCAUCUUCUGGUCCAUAUUCAACCUCGGAGGUGUCGUCGGCGCCGCAGUGUCCCUCGGGCAGAAUUUCAAGUCUGAGACAAAUUCAGUCGGAAACGGGACCUAUAUUGUAUUCUUGGUGCUCACCGGCAUCGGCGUACUUAUCCCGCUGCUGAUGGUCGACCCGUCCAAGAUGGUCCGCGCGGACGGGACGCGGGUCACGACGCCGAAACACCCGUCGUGGAAGACCGAGUUUUUGGGUCUUUGGGUCGCGCUACGCACCGACCCAUGGAUUGUUCUCCUCUUUCCGAUGUUCUUCGCGAGCAACUGGUUCUAUACUUGGCAGUUCAACGACUACAAUGGCGCGAUAUUCAAUAUCCGCGCACGGUCUUUGAACAACCUCGUCUAUUGGCUCGCACAGAUAGUUGGCUCCGUGAGCAUCGGCUUCCUGCUCGAUCAGCGCAGCCUCAGCCGGCGCUUCCGCGCUUUCUCGGGCUGGUGUGUUCUCUUCGUCAUGGUCUUUGUUGUGCACAUAUGGGCGUACUUCUACCAGCGACAAUAUACCCGCGCGCAAGUCGUCGCGAAUGGAUACCACAAGUAUGACAUCUACGACCAUGGGUACGCCCCGCGGAUAUUGCUAUACAUAUUCUGCGGCCUGCUCGACGCGAUGUGGCAGACCACAGCGUACUGGGUCAUGGGCGCCAUGUCGAAUGACCCGGCGAAGCUUGCGCAUUUCACUGGAUUCUAUAAAUCCAUACAGUCUGCCGGCGCAGCGGGCAUAUGGCGAGCCGACGCCGUCGGGAUACCAUUCAUGAGCAUCUUCAUCUCAACAUGGGUGCUGCUUGUCACAGGCCUGCUCUGUGCCCUGCCCAUGAUACACAUGCGCGUGCAAGAUCACACGGAGGAGGAGGACGACUACAUACACGAGCUCCCCUUGAGAGAUCAGGCGCUAAAGCACGAUAAGUGAGGGCUAUGCUGACACUACAAGGUGGCGAUUCCGUGAGACGACUGCUCCUUUCAUUUAAUUUUGCAAUACCACUCCUUUGUAUCUUCUAGCUGCAUCCUCCACUAUGUCCGAUCACUCAGUGUCGCAGGGCCUCGUUGUAAUAUAUCACGGGAUAAUAUCAGUUUUGCU